CCCAUUGAAGUUUGAUUGUUUUUUUUCACUUUAGGUUGUGGAAGACGGGUAUGAAUUCUUUGCAAAUAGACAGCUAGUAACGAUAUUCUCGGCCCCAAACUACUGUGGAGAGUUUGAUAACGCAGGAGCAAUGAUGAGUGUGGAUGAUUCCUUGACGUGCUCGUUUCAGAUCCUUAAAGCAUCUGAGAAGAAAGGAAAUUUCGGAUUUGGCAAAGCAGGAAGGAGAGGAACCCCACCUCGCAAGGGUGGAAAAGGCUGAAGAGAAAUCCCAUAAACUCUGUUUUGUGUGUUCCAUGUUUCUUGGUUCAAGACACUUGCUUGAGCUGAAGUGUUAUCAAACUGUCUUCUUCUUCCUCUGCUCUGGAUCACUUUGGCAAGGGAGUAUUUCUGUCUUUUCCCUUGACUACUCUGGAUCACUUGACAUGUCUUUGAGCUAUGUGAAUCUGAGAUAUAUUCUCUGUGAGAUACACACUUUAUGUUGUUUUUUGUCAAAACUUCUAAAUGAAAAUUAUAAUGUUCCUCGUCUCUUGGAAAAAAAACGGCACGUUGUUUCGUUUAUUAGCAAAACCCUAGUUCUCUCUAUCUUAGAAACUAGGUAUCUUAUACCUUCUGCUGUUCUGCAUUAGAGUUAUUCUAUAUACACAUCUGCACACACAAAUGAUAUCUCAGAAGAACUAGGCGGAAAACUUAAAAAGAUGAUAGCUCAACGAUUCGCAGUAGCAAGUUCCUUUCUUGUAAGGAUGAAUCCAAGGAUGACCUUUGUUUCAAGGAUUCAUCCAAAGAUGACUAUACAAGAACUUAGCAUAUCGUCGAAAACAGCAGAUCCUUCCCAAGUAAUCCCAAGUCCCUCUCUGUCAAAGAUCGAUCUGCGAAAAGCAAUAAAGAAGCGAAACGACGAAGAUUUGGCCCUUAUGGGUGAACUAAUAGCUUCAAAAGCAAGAAACUCUAACUUCAUCUUUUCUCCGGCAUCAAUCAACUCCGCAUACACAAUGAUGGCUGCCCGCUACGGCUUUAUCUCCGACGAGCUUAAAGCUGUCUUCAGCGAGAUCGCUACGGUGGUUUUUGCUGACGGCAGUGCAAGCGGUGGCCCCAAAUUCUCGUAUAUUAAUGGCUUUUGGGUGGAGCAAACACUCCCAGUUGAUCAUCCGUUUAAGGAUCUGAUAGAGAAAUCUUUCAAGGCUACUUACGCUGAAGUUGAUUUCCGAUCUAAGGCUGAAGAAAUACGUCUUGAGGUGAAUAAAUGGGCUGCAGAUCAGACAAAUGGUCUCAUCACAAACCUUCUUCCUCCUGGAUCAGUUGAAAGCGAAACCAAUGAGGUUUCUGGAAACGCAUUGUACUUCAAAGGAGCUUGGGCUCAACCAUUUCAGAAAUGGUGUACAAAAAACAAAAAGUUUCACCUUGUCAAUGGCUCGUCAGUGUCUGUACCAUUUAUGAGCAGCAAAGAGGAGCAAUACGUUAAGGCUUACAAUGGUUUCAAGGUCCUCAGGCUCCCAUACCGAAAAGGCGAUGAUGAUACCAAUCGUGAAUUCUCAAUGUAUUUCUAUCUGCCAGACAAGAAAGAUGGAUUGGAUGAACUCGUGAAGAAAAUGACAUCUACUCCUGGAUUCGUGGAUAAACACAUUCCGUAUCACAAAGAUAAAGUUGAUAACAUCACUAUUCCAAAGUUUAAAAUCUCUUUCAUGUUUAAGGCUUCCAAGGAAGAAGAAAAGCUUCAUAUUUACCAUAGUGCUUGCGUCGAGAUCGAUGAAAAAGGUGCAAGAGCUGCUGCUGCCACUGCUAUGGUGCGAUACAGCUUUUCUACUCUUCCUAAGAUCGAUUUUGUGGCUGAUCAUCCAUUUCUUUUCUUGAUUAGAGAAGACAAAACCGGAACUAUUUUGUUCGCUGGUCAAAUCUUCGAUCCUUCGAAAAAAUCUUCUUAGACGGGCUCAUAUCAGGUUUAACCGGGUUCUGAUCUUAAUUGCUUUGGUAAAGAGAGAAGUCAAGUUUAUGCCUUGGUAGUUUUGGGUUUAAUUAGUUCAUGUUCUAAUUCAAGCAAUUAUAUUUAGAAACCGACAAUUGGUUUGAGUUGAGGAGGGAUUUUAUAGUUUAGUUUAGGUUUUUUUAGCUCAUGCUCAGUUGUUCGCUGUCACUGA